AUGAGACAUCUAGCUGCUCUCCUCAUUUUAUUUGGGAAUACGCCUAUUCUUGGUUCAUCCCCAACCAAUCAAUGCAAAAAUAAUGAUUUGUGUGGCUGCAUAAACUCGCCAUAUGAAUACGAGUUCCAAUGCCCUAAGUCAAAUUUCAGUGUUGUUAUACAUACAAAACCAGAAACGUUCAUGAGGGUCGAGUGCUAUCCCUCGGAUCAUUUCGAUUUGGAAAUAUAUCCCAAUUACACUGCUGGGAAUCUAGAGUAUUUAGAUAUGAAUAAUUGCCCCCUACCUGAUGAAGGGUUCCAGCCAUUCAUACAUAAAUUUGGCAUUAACAAAUUGAACAAAUUUGAGAUAGAAGAUCCACUGCCUGAUUCCUUAUCAGAAGUAGCAAUCACGAAAGAUUUUUUUCGGGAUAUGUCUUCAUUGCAAUACCUUGGAAUAAUAAAUUUGAGAAACACCACUUUUGAUGAAGAUUUUCUCCAAUAUCUUCCUAAUCUCACUACCCUCGAUCUGAACGGAAGCAAUUUGAAAGAAAUCGGAUACAUCUUCAAGCACACUCCGCAGCUUCUAGAAUUGUAUUUACCACGUAUUUCCAUCAAGGAGAUACCCGAUGAACUAUUCAAAAAUCUCACUCAGUUGCAGAGAUUGCAUUUGUGGCAAAAUCAACUCACUGUGCUGACAAACGAUUCUUUCAUAGGACUGAAAAAUCUGAGAUCAUUGGAACUGAGUUCUAACAAGAUCGCUUCUAUAGAGCCCUACGCAUUUUCAAAACUCCCAAUGUUGAUCAAUAUCAGUCUGCGUAGAAACAACUUGGGCCACGUGAGCUCAGACCUAUUUAGAAACAAUUCACAUUUGAAGAAAAUCCAUAUCAAUAACAAUUCUAACCUCACAUUAGCUGAUAAAUGCUUCGCUAACUUGAAGGAUCUCACAGAAUUGUAUAUGGGACAUUCAAAGUUGCAUAUUAUUCCAGAAAACAUAUUUGAUGGUACCACUAAUAUCGCAAUUUUAGACUUGCAAAAUAAUCUUCUAGAAGAACUGCCGGUGGGAAUUUUCAAGGAGUCAAAGAAAUUGAAAAAGUUGAAUCUUUCUUCAAAUAGAAUUAGUUCUCUGCCUGAAGGAAUAUUCUCCAGCACUGAUCUUUUAGAAGAGCUCAAUUUGGAAGACAAUUUGUUAUCUACUAUAAAUGAAAACACAUUGAAUGCAAAGAAUCUGAAGAAACUUGUAUUGAAUAACAAUCGAUUAUCGACAGUAACCUAUAGUGCGUUUGAUAAUGUUAAUCGAUUGAUUUCUUUGGACUUGUCAAAUAAUACCAUUGAAUUAAACACCAACUACAAUCCGUUCUCACAUUGUACAUAUUUGGAAGAAUUGAACCUGAGUGGAAACCAAAUCACCACAUUUCCAUAUGAUGUUCUGAAUAUGGUGCAUCUAGAGUCACUGAAUUUGAGUAAAAAUCGGAUACAGGACAUAAAAGUAUUACAUUUAAUGGCACUAUCUAGACUGAAUAUUGACUUGACCUACAACAUCAUAUCUUAUAUAGAUUUCGAUGGGAUCUCCUUUCUCUAUCCUGAAAACAGAAGCCUAAUUGUAGUAGACCUAGAACAUAAUGUAUUGACCUGCGACUGUCUUAACUUUGGUUUGAUACAGUAUCUUGAUGGUGCAUUUCCUAUAACGAGUUCUUACCUUACAAUGAAGUUGGGAGAUAGCCAUUGUGCAGAACCACAGUCUUUCCAACACAUUCGGAUAACUGAUCUCAAACCAAGACAUAUAAGUUGUCCAUACUUGCCAAAAGGUUGUCCUGAGGAUUGUGAGUGUUUUAGAAGACCAUUUGAUGAAACAGUUGUGGUUGAAUGUGCAGGCAGAAAUUUGAAGGAAUGGCCCGUUAUUGGAUUUGAGGCUGACAGAAUUGAGUUGAACUUGAUUAACAAUAUGCUAGACCACAGUCCGAAUGUUAGUGCACAGUACAAUAAUAUUACAAAUCUGUUUUUAUCUAACAACAGGCUAGAGGAAAUGGAAUGGGUUUCCCCAAAAAUCCAAGUGCUUAAAUUGGAUGGAAACAGUCUAACACACAUCAAAUCCUCUGUACUGAAACAGCUGAGUAAUUCUUCGACAUUAAGAAAUAUAACUUUGACUAACAAUCCUUGGGAUUGUGGUUGCAUUGCCUUUGAUCUUCAAAACUUCAUCAGAGCAAACUCUCACAAGGUUAAUGGAUGGACAAAUGUACUUUGUAAGGAAGACAACAAGCCACUGAUGGAUAAAAAAGUAUUGUGUACACCCUCAGUUCUUAUUCUGCAAAUUACUUUGCCAAUUGUUUUAUUCAUCCUUUUCAUCGUUGCCCUUACGGCUAUUUAUGCAUUCUUCAAGCAAGAAAUUAAAAUCUGGAUGUAUGCAAAUAACCUGUGCCUAUGGUUUGUCACUGAAGAGGAAUUGGACAAGGACAAAGAAUACGACAUCUUUAUAUGCUACUCACACAAAGAUGAAGACUUUGUAAUGCAGAAUCUUCUUCCAGUGCUGGAAGACGGUCCUAAUCCCUUUAAGGUCUGUAUUCACGUAAGAGACUUUUUACCAGGAGAAUUCAUCCUAACAUCAGUAAAUAACUCGGUGCUGAACUCAAAGAGAACCUUAGUGGUGCUAUCAAACAACUUCCUAGAGAGUAGUUGGGGUAAGUUAGAAUUCAGGACUGCUCACACUCAGACCAUCGAAGAGGGUAGAACUAGGCUCGUUGUUAUAAAGUACGGAAAUUUGAACGAGGAGAAACUAGACGACGAUUUGAAAAUGUACCUCAAAACCAACACUUACGUGGAGUGGGGUAAGCCGUGGUUCUGGAAUAAACUGAGGUAUGCUCUGCCUCAUACAAGGGCCAAGGAAACGCAGAAAUUGGAUCAGAAACAUGCCAAUAUGAUGCUCAAAAUCGAUGAUAAGUUUGUUUUGGCUUUACCACCCCUUACACAGCCUGAGAGCACUCCUCCCGUUAUGGUGGUGGAUCCACCUAUUAAAAAUCAUCAGCUGAGUUUUAGGAAGGCUGGCGUUGAGACUCCACCGGCGGAAGCUCCGACGAUAAUUGUCUAA